AUGUGGAUCAAUGUUUUAACCGCUGCCUCUGUACAGGAACAAGUCUGUGAGCAAUGUGUGCUCGUAGAACAAUGUCCAGCUUUCCUAAGAAUGAGUUUAGAUGAACAAUCAAAUUGGCUUCAGCAUGUUCCUUGCGAUGGAAGCAAAUACAACCGGACAACCACAGUGUUCGGUUUUGCUGCAGUUGCCAAAGGAGAUUAUGUCUGUUGCCCCAAUUCUCAAGUUUGGGGUGUUGGCGGAAGCAAUCUUUAUUCAAACAAAACCUCAAAUCAAAAUAAUAUCAACGGCAAUUCAGGCUCCAAGAAUUAUCCAAAAAUAAAACCAAAUGACCAGAGUCUUUACGGCCGACCAUAUUAUUCUAAUAGCCCUAAUUAUUACGGAACACAGAAUGAUCCACAAUAUGAAAAUAGUUAUAAUAACCAACACAUCAAUCCGGUGACUCGAGGUUAUGGUAGCCAAAACUACUAUCCUAGUAAUCAACAAGCGGGUUCCGCUGAUAAUUAUUUAAAUGGAGAUAAUCAGAAUACAUAUAGACCAGGCAUUUAUGGUGGUCAAUCAAAUUCGCCGAAUUAUCAUAGGCGUCGACCCAAACAAAAUCUUUAUGGAGUUCAACAAAAUCCAGUCGAAUUUGGGAACCAAAAUUCAUAUGGCAAUGAUCAAGAUACGUCUAUAAAUCAAAGUGUUCCUGAAUAUCCUGAAACAAAUGGUGGGUCUUGGAAUAAUCAGGUGCCAACAGAUUAUCAAAAUAUACAAGGAGAUGAAACAACACUUUCCAGUCCAAAUCCAUAUUUUCAACAAAAUCCAAAUACAUACCAAAGCCAACCGAAUAAUGGAGAAAAUUCAAACGAGCGAGGGUUGAAUCAGUAUUGUACGAGAAUAAAAUCUAGUUUUCCGCCAAAUCCUGAAACCGGGUGUUGUGGAAAAGAUGCGUCAAAUAUGCCCAGAGUUACAGAUUUACAAUAUUUGCUUAAUAUGUUUGCCCCAUCGCAACCAACAACACGGCACCAACCAAGAGCAACAUACCCCAGGGGCAGAAAUUGGCCAACACCUUCUUACAACAACCCUUCAUAUUUUCAAAAGAGACGCAAGCGUUCCGCUCAAAAAAAUGCUACAGUUGAUGUGACCUUAGAGGACAGAAUAGCAGGAGGCCAAGAAACUGAACUGGACCAAUUCCCAUGGACCGUACUAAUGAAAACGACAUUUGAUUAUGGCAGUAAGAUCGCAGCGUUCAGUUGCGGUGGAUCACUAAUUAGUCGACGAUAUGUUCUAACAGCAGGUCACUGUGUCUAUGAACCUAAGGCUAAAGUUUCUGAAGUCGAAAUAACAUUGGCCGAAUAUGAUAAACGUACAUUCCCCGAUGAUUGUGUUAUGGUAUUUGGGGGGAGGCAGAGCUGCGUGAAGAAUGUCCGAAUGCAGGCAGAAGAUGUGAUCCAUCACCCUGAGUACAAUGACGACAGGCUUCUCAAUGACAUUGCGCUUAUAAGACUUCGUGGAUGGGCUCCUUAUACAAUAUACAUAAGACCUAUCUGCCUUCCUCCAUUCAGUAUUGACAAGGCUGACUAUUCCAACUUACCCCUUGCUGUAGCAGGCUGGGGUCGAAACGGAAAAUAUGAGACCGAUAUAAAACAAUCCACCGUCGUACACCUGAUCCCUCAUGAUGACUGUGAGAAGUCAUAUCCACAUCUAACGUCUUCCCACAUUUGUGCUGCUGGCCGAACCGGGGAGGAUACGUGUAAAGGAGACUCCGGUGGACCGCUCAUGAUGCUGUACCGAGGAAGCUAUUACGUGAUUGGAAUUGUCAGCGGUAAACGAGCGGAUAGCCCAUGCGGUUCUAAAGUUCCGUCGCUCUACACUAAUGUGUACCAGUAUUUGGAAUGGAUAAAUAAUACUAUAAGGAACUAA